GUAGAGGAAGCGGAAGUGUUCCUGGAGAGGAGAGGAGGCGGAGGUGCGGUGCCGGUUCGGAGCCGUUCCCGUCCCGCUAUGUCGCGCGCCACCAAGCGGAAGCACGUGACCCGGGAGGUGCUGGAGGAGCACGUGGUGCCCGCCCCGCAGCAGCGCAUCGUCAGGGUGCUGAGCAGCCCUGGCAACAACCUGCACGAGGUGGAGACGGCCGACGGCAGCCGCUUCCUGGCCAGCAUGCCGCCCCGCUUCCGCCACCACGUCUGGAUCAAGAGAGGGGACUUUGUGCUGGUGGACCCCAUUGCGGAGGGAGCGAAGGUGAAGGCAGAGAUGGCGCUGGUUCUGCUGCGGCCCCACAUCCGCUUCCUGCAGCGCCAGGGGCUCUGGCCCGCGGCCUUUGCAGCAUCCCUGGAGCCGAGCCGGCAGGAGGGGAGUGGGGCAGAGCUGUUCAUCAACACCAACCGCGGGGGGGACGAGGAAGAGGAAGAUGAAGAUGAGGAAGAAGAGGAGGAGGAAGAGGAAGAGGAAGAAGAGGAAGAAGAGGAAGAGAAACAGGAAGGGGGGAGGGGGGGGGAAAGGGGGCAGCCGGAGGGCGGUGGGGCGACGUAGGAAAAAGGGGGGCACGGAAUAAAGGGUCGCAUUUGGGACGGAGGAGAGGAGUCCAAAAAAAGGGUCUGGGGGCUUUGGGGGAUUGCAGCCCCAUUGUGCCCCACAGAGAGACCCAUAGAUCCCCCAUAGGGACCCAUAGAGACUCAUAAGGACCCAUAGAUCCCCCAUAGAGACCCAUAGAUCCCCCAUAGAGACCCAAAGAUCCCCCAUAGGGACCCAUAGAGACCCCAUAGGGACCCAUAGAGACCCAUAGAUGACCCAUAGAGACCCAUAGAUGCCCCAUAGGGACCCAUAGAUCCCCCAUAGGGACCCAUCGAUCCCCCAUAGAUCCCCCAUAGGGACCCAUAGAUCCCCCAUAGAUCCCCCAUAGGGACACAUAGAUCCCCCAUAGAGACCCCUAGAUCCCCCAUAGGGACCCCUAGAUCCCCAUAGGGACCCAUAGAUCCCCCAUAGAUCCCCCAUAGAGACCCAUAGGGACCCAUAGAUCCCCCAUAGAGACCCAUAGAUCCCCCAUUGAGACUCAUAGGGACCCAUAGAUCCCCCAUAGGGACCCAUAGAUCCCCCAUAGAGACCCAUAGAUCCCCCAUUGAGACUCAUAGGGACCCAUAGAUCCCCCAUAGAGACUCAUAGGGACCCAUAGAUCCCCCAGAGGGACGCAUAGAUCCCCCAUAGGGACCCAUAGAUCCCCCAUAGAGACCCAUCGAUCCCCCAUAGAGACCCAUAGGGACCCAUAGAUCCCCCAUAGGGACCCAUAGAUCCCCCAUAGAGACCCAUAGAGACCCAUAGGGACCCAUAGAUCCCCCAUAGGGACCCAUAGGUUUCAGGUCUGGGAAGAUCCCCCAUACUGGGGGGGGGGAGUCCCAUAUGGG